AUGGGAUGCAUGGAGUUGACGUACCUAUUCUUUUGUGGGAAUAUUGUAAAUGUAUCUAAAGGCUGGGAUAAUCUUAGCUUACUACCAGAGUAUAAAGGACAAGCGUCUAUGUAUCCAGAAUACAGUGGUUAUAACGCACCAGCAGGAAAUGCUGUAGAUGGUUACCUCGAAAAGGACCAUGGUCUAAGCACAUGCAGUAUAACGUGGGCUAAUCCUUCUGUAAAGAAGGCUUGGUGGAAAUUUCCGUUGAAAACCAUGGCUAAUGUAGCAUAUCUAGAAGUUUAUUUUCGAUAUUCAACUUUAAAUCGACACGUGGGAUUUUCCGUUUUUGUGUUUAACGAUUCCUCGUACAUUCCUCCUUCAAAUGCAUCUCAACAUAAAGUGUUCGCUCACAAUAUCUCUACCUGUCCUGAACGUGUUACAAAUGUAACUAUCAAUGAAGAGAUUCAGGGGAUAGCUAUUUACAACUCAAAGGAUCCUCCCGUCAGUACAGCAUGUUCGGGUUAUGAAUCUACAUUUGCAACCAUUGAAUUAUGUGAAAUAAAGUUGAUGGGUAUGUGA